UCACAAUAUUUUGUCCACAUUCAUCCUUGAAUUGCAAAAACGUCCACAUUCAUUUUAUGAUUACGAUCAUAAACAUGUGACAAGAAAACAACAAAAUAGCUAAGAAAAAUCUGUGUUCUUCACAUAUCUACAACAUUCCAUCUAUUAGAUGUGUUUUUUGAGAAAACAAGGAAUCAAAAAACAAAAAAAAUCAAAACAUGGGAGACAUAGAUUCAUCUUUCAUACAAGCCACAGAACACCGUCCUAAGUUAUCUACCUUUGUACAAGUUGAUGAAAUUCCAAUCAUUGACCUCUCAGAAAGUAGUCAACAAAACCUCAUCUCAAAGAUUGGCAAGGCAUGUGAAGAAUGGGGAUUUUUUCAAGUAAUCAAUCAUGGAGUUCCAUCUGAUGUUAGUACAAAGGUUGAGAUUGAGGCCAAAAAGUUUUUUGAGCAAAGCAUUGAGGAGAAGAAGAAAGUGAAAAGAGAUGCAGUUAAUGCAAUGGGAUAUCAUGAUGCUGAACAUACUAAGAAUAUAAGGGAUUGGAAAGAGGUUUUUGAUUUUCUUGUUGAGAAUUCCCCACAAAUCCCUUCUUCUCAUGAGCCAGAUGACUUGGAGCUUAGGACUCUCACCAACCAAUGGCCACAAUACCCUCCUCAUUUUAGGGAAACAAUGCAGGAGUAUGCUAGAGAAGUUGAAAAGCUAGCUUAUAAGUUAUUGGAGUUGAUUUUAUUGAGCUUAGGCAUAGGUGGUGAAAAAUUUCAUGACUGCUUCAAGAACCAACUAAGCUUGGUGAGGCUCAAUCACUAUCCUCCAUGCCCUUCCCCUGAUUUGGCACUUGGUGUUGGUCGUCACAAGGAUUCUAGUGCUUUGACUGUGCUUGCACAAGAUGAUAUUGGUGGCUUACAAGUUAGGAGAAAAUCAGUUGGUGAUUGGAUUCCAGUUAAACCUACUCCUGGUGCAUUUAUCAUCAAUGUGGGUGAUAUUGUUCAGGUAUGGAGCAAUGACAAGUAUGAGAGUGUGGAGCACAGAGUGGUUGUAAACACAAAGAAAGAAAGGUUUUCCAUUCCAUUCUUCUUUUACCCAGGUCACCAUGUUACAGUGAAGCCUGCAGAAGAGCUAGUGAAUGAGAAAAAUCCUGCAAGAUAUAAACCAUACAAUGUUGGCAAGUUCUAUGCUAAUAGAAACCGUAGUGAUUUCAACAAACGUGAGGUUGAGAAUAUCCAAAUUCAUCACUUCAAGAUCGUGGAUUAGCUAUUAAAAAUGUUUAGCUUAAAUUGUAGAAUUUCUAGUGUUUUGUCACAUUCCUAUUCUCCUAAGGUGGAAUAAAAUGAUGAACAAACUCUACUCUCGAUCUGUGCAAAAUUCCUCAUAGCAAUACACAAACAAUGAGGAAUUAAUAAUAGUUACUUGGGUGAA